AUUUGACAGCAACAACCCGCAGUUCAUUCAUUUUCAGAGCAGCGGACAUGUCUGGAUGAUACUUCAGGUUCCCUCCUGCUAUCGGGAAGGAGAGUUUUCCACUUUUUCUUCGCCGGCGGCCAAACUUUUCAGCAUGGAGCCGCUCUGGACGGACACCGGCGCUCCGGUACGACAUGCAAAUACGUCCUCUGACGUCGGCGAUCAUGUGGCUUUUGGCGUAGAUCCUCCUUGUGAUCGCCAAUUUUUUUUUUUUUCCUUUCCCCGUCGCCUGUUGUCUCGUCAGAGCCAGUCGGCGUGUUUGCUGCUCCAGCAUCGCGGUACCUGAACGUCGCGUCAACAAGCGGUGGGCAGGAUUGUCUCUGGCUCCAGCUUUGCCUGAAGUUGGGGAGUCUCGACUUACAAUAUAGUCAAAAGGCAUCAUCCUGUCAUGAAGACCCAGAAGAUCUGCCAGUGUUGGAGCUGACACCGCCAACUGGUCCAGCCCACGCUGCUCCACUAUCAGCCCAUCUCUCAUUCUCCUGUUUGGUCUCACCGCUAACAGUAAAAACAUUUCCGUUGACGUCUCUGACUGAGCAGUGUAGGAAAGUCCUGGUCUGGGUGUGCUUUAGCCACUCACACCGCAGGCAGAAGCAUCUUUAACCACAUCCCCAGAAAACAUGUCAAGUCGGCGCAAGGCCUCCACUCCCUGCAUGAUCCGACCAGAGCAUACUCGGGUGGAGGUGGACGAUGAUGAGGAUGACUCGCACAAUAUGGAGGUAACUGAAAACCAUGUUCAGGAGGCACCCAUGAACACGUUCCGUCCUAUCCAAGCAGAGCCAACAACAGACUCUGAUGUAAUGGGAAAAGCAGCUGAUCCUCCUACAGGUCCUGAUAAACCACAAAAAGAGCCGCCAGAUCCCCAGAAACCUCAGCGCAGACAGCAGGGGGGCUACGAGUGCAAAUACUGCCCCUUCUCCACACAGAAUCUCAACACCUUCAAAGAACACGUGGACUCCAACCACCCCAACGUCAUCCUCAACCCGCUUUACCUGUGCGCCGUCUGCAACUUCAACACCAAGAAGUUCGAUACCCUAACGGAGCACAACGAGAGCUGCCACCCAGGGGAGAGCAACUUCAAAUUCAAACGCAUCAAAAGGAACAACCAGACAAUCCUGGAGCAGACGAUAGAGGGCUGCAGCAACAACGCAGCCAUUUACAACACGUCUGCUUCCCAUCAUGGCAAAGCGGACAGACUGGGCACACCCCCACUUAGCAAAAGCAACGCAGUGAAAACUGCUAAACCAAAAACAUUGUCUGCAGAUACCAAACGGACAGAAUCACAGAUGAGUAAACUCAGCUCUGAUCUCGCCAAGAAACCAAUAACUGCGCUCAACGUGAACGGGACGGUUAUCAUCCCAGAGUCGACUCUGCUCAAAGCAGACAGCCUUUCUCACAUCAUGCCUUCUCUACAGCAGCCUAUCAACUAUACCCAGGUGCCGAAGAUCGCAGUGCCCCUGAACACAACCAAAUACAACCCAUCCCUGGAUGACAACCUGACGCUCAUCUCCUCCUUCAACAAGUUCCCGUACCCAACGCAGGCAGAGCUAUCUUGGCUCACAGCGGCCUCCAAGCACCCGGAGGAACAAAUCAAAGUCUGGUUCACCACGCAGCGGCUCAAACAGGGCAUCAGCUGGUCUCCUGAAGAGGUAGAAGAAGCGAGGAAGAAGAUGUUUAACGGCACCAUCUCCUCAGCGCCUCAGACUCUAACAGUAGUGACUCCACAGCUCAGCUCCUCCAUCAACCGCACCGCCAGCACCACGGCCUCCAAACCGCUGCCGUCGGCUGCCUCCGUCCUCCAAUCCCUCCCCUGUCAGAUCCUUGGACAGAGCAGCCUGGUGCUGACUCCUGUGGCCAACGGCUCCAGUGUCACAUGUGCACCUCUGGCGCUCACCGUGGCUAACCAGGUGGCGCAAUCCCUCAAGCGGCCACUGGCCACUCCUGUCAUCGCCACAGAGAGCAAGCGACCCUCGAUCAUUCAGACGGCCUCUGCGCUGACAGCUACGUCCAAGAUGGCUUCGACCAAAAUGCUUAGCUUCACCACGGACUCAAACAAAACGGCGGAGCAGCUGUCAGUGCUGCGGUCCAGCUACACUCUGUGUCCUUUCCCCGAGGAAGAUGAGAUCUACAGGCUGAUAGAGACUACAGGACUGUCCAGGGGAGAGAUCAAGAAGUGGUUCAGUGAACAGAGGCUCCUUAAUCUCAAAAGUGUAGAUUCUUCACCUGUGUCGGUGAAAGCAGAGGCGUCCCCUCCAGUUCCUGAUGGUCCUGUGAAGAAAGCUGUCCCGCACCAGUUCCCUCUGCUGGAGAGGGUGAAGGGGAAGACGACAGAGCAGCUCAAGGCACUGGAGGAGAAUUUCCAGAGAAGCAGCACUCUGACGGAAAAGGAGCUCGAACAUCUGGCUCAGGAGACCAAGCUCUCCAAGACGGAGGUGGACUGCUGGUUUUCGGAGCGCCGCGCCCUGAGGGACAACAUGGAGAAGGUUCUGCUCACCAUGGCCUCCAAGAACACAGAAGACCGAGUGGAGCGGCUUGGAGGAGCCCUGCUGAAUGGAGCAUCUCAUCAAGAGCAGGAUGGGAAGGACCGUCACUCUUCUCCUCACCCACCUGUCCUCUCCUCUUCCUCCUCAUCCUCCUCUUCCCCUCCUGUGCUCGCCGCCUCCUCUCCUCAACCUCAGACGCAUUCCUCUUCGCGAUCUCCUCCCAUCCUCAACUCUUCUUCUCCGCAUCCUCCCCUCCUGUCAACCUCCUCGAGCCCAAAUCUCAUCUCAAGUCGUACACUACCCCUCCUCAGGGAGAUGUUCUGCCGGACCCAGUGGCCGUCCCCAGAGGAGUACAGCCAGCUGGAGCUCCAGACAAACCUGGGCCGCACCGACAUCGUCCGCUGGUUCAAGGACCACCGCUCGGCCCUGAAGAACGGCGAGAAUCUGGAUUGGAUGGAGGCUCCCCAGAAGCCAAGCGUCACUGAGCAGCAGAAAGCCGGCCAGCAGCAGAACGGACAGGUCUCUGAGAACAGCCAGAGCGUUUCCUUGGAAGUCAAGGCUGUGAAUGAGGAGGAGGAGGUCGGUGGGAACGUAGCAGCUGCAGAGAAACAGUCCAGCCAAGACAAGGGGCAGUGGUUGGCCGAGCGGCUAACUCAGGGUGUGGCUGACCUGAGCCGAACGGGGCAGGACCAGAAAAGCUGUGGUGCUUCAGAUAAAGGAAGGUGGGUAAAGGUCACCGUUGCUGCUGGAGAGGAGACUGAGGGAGUGGAUAGACAGAGGCUGGCAACCGACACUGGUGUUCUGACCAUGGAGCAACCAGGAAGGGUGACUGGUUGAUGGAGAAAUAAAUCUAUAAAUGCAGAUUGAGCACCCAUCGUGAGGCAAGUGGAGACAACCAAUCAGAUCCGUGGUGUGUCUGUGAUGUCAUCAAACCACAGCAGUGUGGAGAAGAGCUGACGCUGACACAAGGAAGAGGAGAGCCAAAGCUGGACUUGACGCAGAUCUCCCACUUCUGUUAUUAUUUAGUUGUCUUAAUAUUUCUGUAAAUAGUUUUUCAUUCAGAGGAACGGCCUGUUCAGGUGUUCCUGCAGGGCGGAUGGCUUUUCUUUUUAGAGUUUUUGAUAACUGAAUGUUGCCCCAAAACCUGGAAUGUUUCUGGUUGAUGUAAUGAGAUCAAAAUGUAUUAUAGUCUAUUUACUGGGGAACCACCCCCUCCUUUUUUUAAAAGAUAAAAAUAGAUGCAUUUUGCUCAAUAUGAGCAGAUCUUGAUGGCACUUGCAUAUUUUCUUGUGGUAGAGGUAGAUGUUCUCAUACCAGGCUGCUUUCAGAUGCCUUUACGGUGAUACGAUGUGGGCGAGCGAGAGGAGUGUGCUGCUGAGGAAACAAAAGUGCACCAGGGUGCUGAUACUUUAACAAACCUCGCCACGGUUUGCGUAAGCUGCACUCAUGAAGCCGAUGUAGAACAUAACGUGCACAUUUCUACAGAGAACUGAUGAAUCCCGGAGAAUGCAGGGUCUGUUGGACACCAAGCUGCCUUUCCAGCUCAUACCUGCAGAGUCGGGUAUAGUUUCAGCUUCAUGGUUGGUUCUGUGUUGUAGGUUUUGGCUGAAGCUACCAAAAGCCUUUUUUCUCUUUUAUUUUUUAGUGAAAAUGCUACAUGCACUCUGAAUACGCCGAGCACCUUUAUCUGAGCCUUUUCAUGUAUCCGUCUUGUUCAGCUGUAAAUACACCAUCUAAGCUUCUUUUCUUUAGACUCAAGGUGGGACUGAAUUCCCUUUUAUUUCUGUACACAACUAAAAAAGGUCGGCGAAUGGAGGAUACAAAAACAAAAAUUUAAAAGGCGGAUGUAAUGUCAGCAGUCAAAAGCUGUCAUGGAUUUCAAGGGUUUGUUUUUGAUUCAUACCGAGGCAUCGUUUUAAACUUGAUCUCUAAUUUCUACAUGAAUGAAAUGUUUUUUUUUUCUUUUCAGACAGCAAGUAAAGGAGCUGUAAGUUGCCAUCAGCUGUAUGACUGUAUGCUGACUGCAUGUUAGCUCCUGCUGCUUUAGCCUCACGGUUUCAAAUACUGAACGUUUUCCUGACCUGUUAAAGGAGUACUGCUUGCAAUUUCAUUUUCUACAAGAAGUCUGAUGCAAUUCAAUAAAAACAAAGUU